AUGGCCUCCGAUGCCAUCAGCCAUCCCAGUCCCGCCGGCUCCGCGGCUUCAUCGGUGACCCCCGGCCUGAGUUACAACAACAAGCGUAGUGCUGCCGAUCAACCUAGUCCAGCAGGCCCCGGCAAUGCCGACUCACACACUUCCGCCGGCGCCGGUGCCUCGCCUGCUUCUCAGCCAUCCGGUGAUAUGAACAAGAAACGUCGCACCGGCCCUGGAUCCAGGGGCGUUGCCAACCUGACGCCCGAGCAGCUGGCCAAGAAGCGCGCCAAUGACAGGGAAGCUCAGCGAGCCAUCCGGGAGCGCACCAAGAACCAGAUCGAGACCCUUGAACGCCGCAUCCAGGAGUUGACCUCGCAGCAGCCCUACCAAGACCUACAGGCCGUCCAGAGAGCCAAAGAGGCCGUCGAGGCUGAGAAUGCCGACUUGAAACGCCGCUUAGCGGCUUUCAUCUCUUCCAUCCAACCGCUGAUUUCUGCUCCUCCGCCAACUCAACCUCCGGUAGAACCUCCCCCCAUCUUCCCUUCCCCUAGUGGGAGCUACUCGCAUGUCCAUCAGCAAAACGGGCCCAUCUCCGCGAAUAACACGUCGACGCCAAACAGCGCGGCCUCGCCAAUCUCUAUCGACCCCACCGCCGGCUGGCAGACAACACCAGGAAGCGGUGCCCCGGACCUGUCUUCCCCAAAUCAUAUGUAUGCUGCGAGCAAGAUGCUGAACCAGCAGCGGCAAGACCUCCGUCAUGGUCUCGACCUUGGCCCGGAGAAGUUGGGGUUAGAUUUCCUUCUUGAUCACAAUGCUCGCGUUGGCAAGAUACAGAGCGGCAUCAACGGCGCCCAGGACUCGCCAAAUUACCAUCAUGUUCCCAUGAAGCAUGAUUGGACCGGCGUUGGCCCGGUCCAACACAGUCGAAAUGGACUGCCCUCAGCAGACGUCUUCCAUCCCCCCGAGCAGAGAGCCUUGGCAAGUUGUUCGGCAGAAGUCAAGAAUUGCGGACCGACAUGUCCACUGGACAGCCUUCUCCUCGACUUCCUCCACGAGCGCCGGCAACGAGCAGCCGACGGCCUCUCCACGCACGAAAUCAUCGGCCCGCGCUACCCGUCGGUUCUCUCACUCCUCAACCCCGCCAACAGCAAGUUCUCGCACCCGCUCUCCAAGGUCUUCACCGACAUCCUUGCCACCUUCCCGGAUCUCUCGGCCCUGCCCCAGCGUGUCGCGGUCCUAUACAUCAUGUUCCUCAUCAUGCGCUGGCAGAUCUCACCAACGCAGGAGAACUAUGACCGACUCCCCGAGUGGGCGCGCCCUCGGCCCCCGCAGCUGUUCACGGAGCACCCCGCCUGGAUCGACCAUGUGCCUUUCCCGGCUAUGCGCGAGAAGCUCUGCCGGGACUACAACCCACGCGAGUACCUGUUUGAUAACUUCUUCGUGCCGUUCACGACAACGUUGAGUCUAAACUGGCCGUACGAGGAGACGGACACUCUGCUACAGGUGCCGGAUUCGGACGAGGUACUGAUCAACCCUGUGUUCGAGCGACAUCUGCGGAGGCUGGAAAAUUGGACGCUCGGGCAGGCUUUCAAUCACACGUUUCCCAAGCUUGCGGGAACGUACAACCUGAAGGUGUAG